AUGUCUUCGCCAAAUGAUGUCAGUAUGGAAGAAAUACUGCUGGAAGAUGAUGAGCGAGACAGCAUAGAAUACAAGAUCCUAAUGGCCUACGCCCAGCGGCGGUUGUCUGCCAGAAAAUAUGGAAAACUUCUGAAAAAUGAGGCUAAUGUGCAGAAAUCAUCAUCCUUAAUCAGGAGAGAAGUAAAUAUUGACCACCAAAGGGAUAAAGAUGGACCAAGCCCAACAGCAGUUUGUCAAAGUGGCGUGAUAUUAAUUGCCUUCUUUAUUUCCCACCCUCCUUCCCAAUCAGGUGAAACAGCAGAUGUCAACCACAUUGCAGACAAACUUGCCAAGCUUGUUACUUCCAGAUCCAAAAAAUCUCCUUCAGAUGUGUCAUUCAAGAUAAUGUGUCAUGCCCCGAGUCAGGAACAAGACAAUAGCGUUCCUACUGAUGGAAGUGAGGGCAAGGAACACGAUGAAGAAAAGAUAAUACAAACAAUAGUUUCACUGUUAAGACAAUCAGGGGACCAACUAGAAGAAAAGAUUAAAAAGGACAAGGUUUUCUAUCAGCAUUUUAAAGACAUGCUGUCCUACCCCUUCUUCAAGAGGAUCACUGAUUUGUUUCUGGAGGGUGUCUCAGCAGAUUCAACAAGUGAGCCAGGAGGCCAAGUACAAUGCACGAAAGUUGCCUUCACAAUGGAGGCUGCCACCAGACUUACUGCUGUAGACAACCAUCCUAUGAACCUGGUCUUGGGCUUCGGAUUAAAGUACCUCAGAGAACACUUCAAACCGUGGAUUCAGGACCAGGGUGGCUGGGAGAAGGCUUUGACUUCCCUGGAUCAGGAAGAAGUAGAGUAA